AUGAAUUUUAAUUCAACUAGAAUUAAAUUAUUUAUUUUUUUAAUUUUUGCAUUUGUUGGUAAAAUUAUGCCAAAAUGUGGUAGAGAACAAUUUUCUCAUGAAAUUCUAUAUUUGGCUGAUGGGCAAUAUUAUAGUCACUAUCUUCUGGCUAGAGAAAUGGCAAAGAUUUUGAAUGAAAAUUAUUGCGUGACAUUUUUAAUUGCAACGUACAAAGGAAAAAAUACUCAUCAUGUUAAUCUUGAACAAGAAGUUCAAAAUCUUUUAGGAGAAGAUAUUAAAGCUAUACUUCUUCCAAUUGAUCAAAAAUAUGAAAAUAGUAAAUUUUAUACUAGUGGAGUUGGUCUACUUCCAAGCAAUUGGGAUCAAGAAAGUAUAACAACUAAUUUGGAUAUUUAUUGGAAAAUGACUAAAUGUAGAUCAGUUACAUUUUUUCAAACUGUGAUAAAAAAUGUUCCUGUUUAUGUGGAUGGUCGUCAGUAUGGAAUAUUUGAAUGGCUUAAACAUCAAAAUUAUCAAUUAGGAAUAGCAGAAAUAGGUUCAAUAACAUCAGGAUUUGCUUUAUUUAAUGAAUUAGGAAUUGAAAAAACAAUUGCAACUACAGCAACGCCUGCUAUACCCGUUUUUUAUCAUUUUUUAGGAUUAAAAAUUCCUAUUGAUGUACCUGAGCAUUAUUCUGCAUCAAAAGGUGAUGGAUUAAGAAAUGCUGAAAUUCGUAAACCAGGAAGUGCUCGACAAAUUCAAAAUAAUAAUAAUUAUAAUGAAUUAAUUAGAAAAUUUACUGAAAUAUAUGAUACCGAAUAUAAACAAAAUUAUAAUGUUCAAUUGAUAAAUUCAUCAGCAAUUCCUCUUAAAAAACCUUUUAAAUCACCUAGAGCUUUAUUUUCUAAUGUUAAAUAUUUUUUGGUUAAUCAUUCUGAACUUGCUGCAUAUCCUAGAGAUUUAAAUAAUAAAAUUAAAUUUAUUGGAGGAAUUGCAAUUGGUGAUCAAAUGUUAGAGAAUUAUCAAUCUAAAGCUUUAUAUAAUAAUGAUUAUUUCACAGAUGGUGCUUGGAAUAAUAAUGUAGAAUGUGUUGGUUUUCUUAGUAUUGGAACACUUGCAUCUUUUAAUGGAAUAGAUCAAGAAAAUUUAAACACAAUGUAUCGUGCACUUGGCAAACACCCCGAAUGCCAUUUUUUGAUAAGAAUUGAUGAAGCACAUUUUCCUAAUGAUCAACAAAAAAGAGAUUUUAAGUUAAACAAUGUUGAAUUUAUUAGUGAAAAUAUUCCUCAACAAGAAAUUUUGGCCCAGAAAAAUACAAAAAUUGCUAUAAUACAUUGUGGACAGAAUAGUUUAACUGAGGCUUUAUAUGCUGGUGUUCCAGUAAUUUGUAUUCCUUUACUUGGUGAUCAACGUUAUAAUGCUUCAGUUGUUGAAUAUCUUCAAGUUGGUAUUUGGGUUCAAGCUCCUCAUUUUCACCAACAAUUUGAAGAUGCUUUGAAUAAAAUAUUGAAAAAACGAAAUAAAUAUGAACAAAAUGUUAAAAAACUUGCUAGAAGACUUAAUGAUCCUUAUCGUGAUACAUCAAAAGAAAUAUUUCUUCAAGCAGUACGUGAUGCGUUAAAUGUUGAUGAUUAA